AUGACUCUUCUUGGUCGUCUGCCAACACACAAGCCAGAACAUGCACCAUCUUUGGCUAGUCCUAUGACUUUAGAUGAACCGCUUACGCCAGAAGCGGAAGCCCAGGUCCAACUGCCACAAGUCUCUCAAUCACCACCGCCACCAUCACCACCGAGUCAUUUUAAGCACGUCCUGUCAUCAAUCUGGCAUUGGCCUUGGCUCAACGAGUGCCUCGCCAUCUUAGCAUCGAUCCUUCUGGUCAUCGCAAUUGGUAUUGUCCUCGACCGCUACCAUGACCAGCCAGUUCCCCACCUACCCUUGGAUAUCAACAUCAACACAGUGGUCGCCCUCAUCGCGACGCUGAUGCGCGCAGCGUUGGUCUACGUCAUCGUCCAGGUACUCGGGCAGGUCCAAUGGUGCUGGUUCUCUUCGCCAAAGCCACUAUAUGACCUCCAUCACUUUGACCAGGGAGGCCAGAGCUUGAUCGGCUCGUGGGAUCUCUUCAUACAUAUGCUCCGGACCGGCCUGCGGUCGUUUGGUGGCAUCGCUGCGAUCACUGCCGCAACUAUUCUGGCAACCAGCUUUGCCAUCACCCCCUUUGUCCAGCAGACCGUCAGGACCAUAUCCUGCGAGACUCCUCUGGCGACUGAGGCUGCCAUCAUGCCGAUCGCGAGGUAUGUCCCAUGGCCAAACGGCAGACCCAAGGCCGUGAACAAGGUCGGUGUCAACUACCCCAACGAGAUAUCUCCCGCCUUCCGAAAUGCAAUCAUCAGCUCGCUCUCGAGCCCUUCGCUUGAAAUUCAGGCGGUUCGACCAAGCUGUCCGACGGGGAACUGCACCUUCCCACCCUAUAGCACCAUGGGGCUCUGCAGCGUCUGCACAGACGUUUCAGACCUGGCCGUUUGGGAAGAGGUUCCAAGCAACGCGAGCUACUAUUCAACCGGGACUCACUUCAAGAUCAGUAUCCCGAACGUCAGAAACACAACGUGGAUCAACUCGCAGAACAUCCUCAAUGAGAGGAACAACCGAGAGCAGCCAGUUGGGCUGAGCGUCACGUACUUGGAACCUUCCUCUAUCGGGAGUGACCAGGUGGAAUGGCCUCUGGACGUCACUGAUGUCUUUCACGUCGACGUGCUGGCGUUUUCCGAUGGCAAAUGUGUCCAAGAUCCGGACGGGGGAAAAGUCUGUCCCCAAAACAUCCUCAUCGACGACGUGUAUGAUGAAAACAAAACAACCGGGUUUGUAGCCGUCUCUUGCAAGAUAUAUCCAUGUCUGCGAACGUACAAAGCCCAGGUGAACUUGGGUGUCUUCACAGAAGAGCUCCAGUCUACGGUUUAUGCAAACCUGGCAAAUUCUAACCAUACAGGUCAAGGGGGAGAGGGACGAGGUUCCAGCUUCAGCGCCAUGCAAAGCCCCUGCACCUUGCCCAACGGCAAAACCUACACCGAUGCAAACAUCACCGAGUUCUCUCCGGGACCAACCGAGAGAUACAUCAACGUGACAGUUUGGCGUGGUAAACUCGGAACCGCCCAGCUGGGAGAAGAGGUCAAGGUGCCGCCUGAAUGCUUGUACCAUUUGGCCGUUGAGUUUGUCGAAUGGAUGAAGGGGUUUUUCUAUCCCGCCAUCCUCGGCCCAGAAAACCCGUGCAGGUUCGGCAAUUACGACGACUACAGCUCUCAGGUGGUGACCUGCGACCGCUGGUGGCUGGCCGAGUUGUACAAUUCCCGCAACGCAACCAACGAGACCGUGUGGCGGGUGAUGGACGCUUUCACCAAAGCCAUCUCGGAUCAAUUCCGUGUGACUGGUGACUGGCCGAACGAGGACUGGACGCAGGAGAUUCUACCGAAUAAUAUCACAGGGGUAGUGACGCAGACUGGGGUUUGCCUAUCCUUUGCUUGGGAGUGGCUUCUGCUUCCUGCUAGUCUUGUAGGCUUUACCAUGGUGCUUUUGGCGGUCACCAUCAUGCACAGCCAUCGUCAUGCAGAUUAG